UCUAGUUUGUGGAUUGGGGUGGGGUGAGGGAGAGGGGAGGUCUGGAUAAUAACCAGCUUCUUUGAAGUUAGAUUCUGUGUUUUUAUAUUUGUUCCCCUUGUUUCUGUAGGGAUGAGUUCUGAGAGCAGAAGUUCUAGAUUUACUCCACCAUGUUCAAACAAGUACAAUUUUUUGCUUAUUUAUUUUUCCCAAGUUUUUUUACUUCAUAGUCUCUUCGAAGGGGUUCUUUCAAGUAGGAAGGAGAGGGAGGGUUGGAGUGGUGACAGGAUCUAGCCACAUGGCUGAGAAUGAAGUAAAGGCAUUGUGUAAAAGUAGUGAGAGAGUUAACAGCUGUAGAGUGGCCUGAGGAGUAGGAAAGUCCUCACUUGGAGAGGUGGUGUCUUAGUUUCCUAGAGCUGCCAUAACAAAAAUACCACAAGUGAGUGGCUUUAAAGAAUAGGGAUUUAUUGUCAGUUUGGAUGCUGUAAGUCUGAAUUCAGAUUGUGGGCAAGGCUAUUCUUUAUCAGCUCUAGGAGAAGAUCACCAAUUUUCUCUUUCAGCUUCUAUCAGCCUCCAUAUUUCUUAGCAUUAGUUGGCUUGUAGACAGACCCUCACAUGGUGUCUUCUCUCUCUGUGUGAUGCUCUGUGUCUGUUUUUCCUUUUUUAUAAGACACCACUCAGAAAGAAUUGGGUUUAAGACCCACACUACUCCAGCAGGACAUUAUUAACAAUAAUGAAAGAAAACCCCUAUUUCUAAACAGUGUCACAUUCACAGACAUAGGGCUUAGGACUUCAGCAUAUCUUUUGGGGGGACACAUUCAAUCUGUAACAGGUGGGAACUUAGAGGGCUUGGCAUGUAGAAGGAGGUCUAUCUCUUUUUGUAGAAUAAACAAAUUAAUUGGAGGGACUUAAAUUCUUUACCUUCAUGGCUCUUUUCUUGCAGGGACUCAUGCAGUCAAAAUCUGAAGCCAAUGGAACUGCUGUUACUGAGUUCAUCCUGCUGGGCCUGGUGGAAACACCAGAGCUACGACCAACUCUCUUUGUACUCUUCCUCUUUGCCUACCUGGUCACAGUCGGGGGCAAUGUCAGCAUCCUGGCAGCCAUCUUGGUGGAGCCUAAACUUCACACCCCCAUGUACUUCUUCCUGGGGAACCUAUCAGUGCUGGAUGUUGGGUGCAUCACCGUCACUAUUCCCUCAGUAUUGAGUCGUCUCUUGUCCCACAAGCGUACAGUUCCCUAUGAAGCUUGCCUUACACAGAUCUUCUUCUUCCAUCUCCUGGUUGGGGUGGACUGCUUCCUGUUGACAGCCAUGGCCUAUGACCGCUUCCUGGCUAUCUGCCGACCCCUCACCUAUAGCACCUGCAUGAGCCAGGUAGUCCAGAGGAUAUUGGUGGCCAUGUCCUGGGCUUGUGCCUUCAGCAAUGCACUGACUCACACUGGGGCCAUAUCCACACUUAACUUCUGUGGCCCCAAUGUGAUCAAUCACUUCUAUUGUGACCUCCCACAGCUCUUCCAGCUGUCCUGCUCCAGCACCCAACUCAAUGAGCUGCUGCUCUUUGCUGUGGGUUUCAUAAUGGCAGGUACCCCCAUGGCUCUCAUUGUCAACUCUUAUGCCCAUGUGGCAGCUGCAGUUCUUCGAAUACAUUCAGUAGAGGGCAGGAAGAAGGCUUUUUCCACGUGUGGCUCCCACCUCACUGUGGUUGUCAUAUUUUAUGGUUCAGGUAUCUUUAACUAUAUGCGGCUAGGUUCAGUCAAACUUUCAGAUAAGGAUAAAGCUGUUGGAAUUUUCAACACUGUCAUAAACCCUAUGCUAAAUCCCAUUAUCUACAGUCUCAGAAACGCUGAUGUGCAGGGUGCCCUCUGGCGAGUGCUCAUGGGGAGGAGGACAGUGGCCUGA